AUGAAGUGGGCCUUUGCUGUGUUUGCCAUGGUGGCACUGUCUGAUUGCCUCGUUCAGUAUCCUAACCCUGAAUCCAUGACCAAUGAUGCUGGUUUGUCUUACUAUGGAGUCAUCUCAAUUGGAACUCCACCUCAGUCCUUUAAAGUCAUCUUUGACACUGGCUCAUCUAACCUGUGGGUUCCCUCCAUCUACUGCAACAGUGCAGCCUGCAACAACCACGCCAAGUUUGACCCUGGUAGGAGCAGCACAUACAGGCAGUAUGGCAGACCUCUCAGUAUCACGUAUGGCACUGGCAGCAUGACUGGCUUCUUGGGAUAUGACACUGUGACGGUUGCUGGUCUGACUGUGACAAAUCAGAUCUUUGGUUUGAGCCAAACUGAGGCCCCCUUCAUGCAGAACAUGCAGGCUGAUGGUAUUCUUGGUCUGGCCUACCCAAGUCUAUCUGCCUCUGGUGCGACACCUGUGUUUGAUAACAUGAAUGCAGGCUUGAUCGACCAGAACCUCUUCUCCGUGUAUCUGAGCAGUAACACCCAGCAAGGCAGUGCGGUGACCUUUGGUGGUGUUGAUACCAAUCACUACUCUGGUUCCAUCACCUGGAUUCCUCUCUCCAAUGAACUGUACUGGGAGAUCACAGUUGACAGUGUUUCUGGUAAUGGUCAGGCUGUAGCUUGUAAUGGUGGCUGUCAGGAUAUUGUGGACACUGGAACCUCUAUGAUUGUUGGACCUCAAAGCAACAUUGACAACAUCAAUGCCUGGCUGGGAGCAAGUAGCCAGAAUGGAGAGUACAUGGUCAGCUGCAACAACAUUGGCCAAAUGCCUGAUGUGACCUUCAACAUCAAUGGACAGCAGUUCACUCUCCCAGCCUCUGCCUACAUCAGUCAGUCCCAGAGCUAUGGCUGCCUCGCUGGCUUCAGUGGUCAAGGUAGCAACCUGUGGAUCCUGGGCGAUGUCUUCCUCAGACAGUACUAUUCCAUCUUCAACAGAGGCCAGACAUCUGCAGACCUGCUCUCAGUGUGUCGUUCGCGCUCACAACAUCUCUGCUUCAUGCACGCUCAAUUGUCUUGGAAGAAAGGACUCAUCACACCAAGCCACAAAGUCUUCUACAACCUGCCCAUGGCCUGUCUCGUCCACCACAAGAAGACUAACCAUCACUGUGUCAUCAGGAAACAUCAUGAUGUGUCUGCUAGUGAAAUUACUGCGACACUCAUUGGUAUAGAGAAUGAACAGAAGGGGUGA